CGGCCGGAAGAGGCACUGUCCCGGCGUCCCGCGCGCGCGCCCUCCUUCCGGUGCGGCGCCAUCAGCGAGCAGCAGACAUGGCGAUCCGUUACCCUAUGGCCGUGGGCCUCAACAAGGGCUACAAAGUGACGAAGAACGUGUCCAAGCCCAGGCAGUGCCGGCGCCGCGGGCGCCUCACCAAGCACACCAAGUUCGUGCGGGACAUGAUCCGGGAGGUCUGCGGCUUCGCGCCCUACGAGCGGAGAGCCAUGGAGCUGCUGAAGGUCUCCAAGGACAAACGAGCUCUCAAGUUCAUCAAGAAGCGGGUUGGCACUCACAUCCGUGCCAAGAGGAAGAGAGAAGAGCUGAGCAAUGUCCUGGCAGCCAUGAGGAAAGCAGCUGCUAAGAAGGACUGAGCUGUGGCCUGGCUCCAAUAAAUCCUUUCUCACAA